AGUAUAAGGCCGGCGGCCCAGCAGUCAGUGUGGAAGCGGCGCUGUGCACAUUGUAGAACGCAGGACCGGCAGCCGCAUCAGCCCCAGCAUGGAUACAUACCAGAAGCCAGAGGACAAGGACCUGCAGGCCCUCCGGGACCUGGCCAACCGGCUUAGGAUACACUCCAUCAGGGCAACGUGCGCUUCAAACUCGGGGCAUCCCACAUCCUGCUGCAGUGCUGCCGAAAUCCUAUCUGUCCUUUUCUUCAACACCAUGAAAUACGACGCCGCUGACCCCGGCAAUUUCAACAAUGACCGUUUUGUACUCUCAAAGGGUCAUGCUGCUCCUAUCCUGUAUGCUGCAUGGACAGAAGCCGGCUUUAUCAAGGAAUCGGAACUUCUCAACUUGAGGAAAAUUGACUGUGACCUGGAAGGCCACCCCACUCCGAAACUGCCCUUUGUGGAUGUUGCCACUGGCUCCUUAGGACAAGGGCUGGGUGCAUCCUGUGGCAUGGCUUACACUGGGAAAUACUUUGACAAAGCAAGUUACCGUGUGUAUUGUCUCCUGGGUGACGGAGAGUCCUCUGAAGGAGCAGUGUGGGAAGCCAUGGCCUUUGCAUCCCACUACAAGCUGGACAACCUGGUAGCCAUUUUUGAUGUCAAUCGAUUGGGACAGAGUGAGGCGGCUCCUCUUCAACAUCAGACGGAUAUAUACAAGAAGAGAUGUGAAGCAUUUGGGUGGAACACCUAUGUAGUAGAUGGGCAUGACGUGGAGGAGCUGUGCUGUGCCCUGUGGCAGGCGGCCAAUGUGAAGGACAAACCCACAGCCAUUGUAGCGAAGACUUACAAAGGAAAAGGCAUUUCCGGGGUUGAAAACCAGGAUAACUGGCAUGGGAAACCUAUGCUGAAAGAGAAGGUAGAAUCCAUCAUUAACGAGAUCCAGAAUCAGAUUCAGACCAACAAGAAGCUGAGCCCUGCGCCUCCUGUAAAAGAUGCCCCUGAGGUCAGCAUUGCUGACAUUAAGAUGCCCACCCCUCCAAGUUACAAAGUCGGCGAUAAGAUUGCAACACGUAAAGCUUACGGCCUGGCUCUGGCUAAACUAGGCAAUGCAAACAGCAGGGUGAUCGCCCUGGAUGGCGACACCAAAAACUCCACUUUCUCGGACAUCUUCAAGAACGAGCAUCCUGACCGUUUCAUCGAGUGCUUCAUUGCUGAGCAGAACAUGGUGAGCGUUGCGAUGGGUUGUGCAACACGUAACCGCACUGUGGCUUUCGCCAGCACGUUUGCUGCCUUCCUAUCCAGAGCUUAUGAUCACAUUCGAAUGGGGGCUAUUUCUCAAUCAAAUGUUAAUCUUUGUGGUUCCCACUGCGGAGUAUCUAUUGGUGAGGAUGGACCCUCCCAAAUGGCUUUGGAGGAUAUUGCCAUGUUUCGUGCUAUUCCAUCCUGUACAGUCUUUUAUCCCAGUGAUGGCGUUUCCACAGAACAUGCAGUGACUUUAGCUGCUAACACUCCGGGCAUAUGCUUCAUCCGAACCAGCCGCCCAGACACGGCGAUUAUCUACUCCCCUGAUGAAAAGUUUGUUAUUGGUCAAGCAAAGGUUGUACGUCUGAGUGAUUCAGACAGGGUCACCGUGAUUGGUGCUGGUGUCACUCUGCAUGAGGCACUGACAGCUGCAGAUGAACUUGCCAAACAAGGCAUCAAUAUCCGAGUGGUUGAUCCAUUUACCAUCAAACCUCUGGAUGCUGCGACCAUUAUAUCUAGUGCCCGAGCUACCAGUGGUCAGAUCAUUACUGUGGAGGACCACUACAGAGAAGGAGGCAUUGGAGAGGCCGUGGCUGCUGCUGUUGCUGGAGAACCUGGGUUUAUAGUUCGGAGCCUUGCUGUCCGCAGUGUACCUCGUAGUGGCAAACCUACAGAGUUAUUGGAAAUGUUCGGCAUCAGUGCUAAGUGUAUUGUAGAAGCUGUGAAAUCCACAUUCGCAAAUUAAUGGGACCAGUAACCACCUGCUGAGAGAGCGGCUUAUUCAUACAGUUGUCUAAUGUUGGCGCAGAGUUCAUUCCUAAUGUUAUCAUGUUACCAUUGCACUGACUGUUCCCUUCUGUCACAUGACACUAGCUGGCAUCUAGGGGUCUUCCAUAAUUCCAUGUCUUCACGUUCCGUCUUAUCAGCACUCAAUAAAAAUGAGACUGACUGUUUGUAGUCUGUCUCUUAUGUAAAA